CGGAAAGUGUGCGCGCUACACAGCUUGCUGGUCGAGUCGGUAGUGAAACACAGAGAGAGAUAGACGUGUGGCUUGUGUUCCUUGGUUAAGUUUCGCUGAAGACUGCUCCUGCAACAUUGUGGAAGAGACAUAUUCUGCUCUCACAGCCUCUCUCCAACGCACUGAAUUACAUUUAACUAUGAUCGCCAUGAUCUACACGCUCUGUCACUGGGUUAUAAUGCAGGAUUAUAACAAAAGAAGCAUAUUUCUAUAGCCACCGUGCACCUAAAGACUGUUACAUCAGCUUAAGCCUGAUAGUUUGAUUGGUGCCAUUCCUGCCUGUUUCCAAACAGACACAUUGCCUGCUUUGCAUUUCCUCUGACUGCCUCUGCAAGUCCUUGGUUUCAAUGGCCUUGUUCUAGUCUAGCAGUGCCUUGGAUUACAUUUCAGUUCCUUUCAACUCUUUAGUGUUGUAUCUUUGUCAAUAAGGCCUUGGCAAAAUGACGCCCAACGGAUAUUUAAUGUUUGAGGAUGAAAGCUUCCUAGACUCUACAGUAGCAAAGAUGAAUGCACUUCGCAAAAGUGGACAGUUUUGUGAUGUUAGGCUUCAGAUUUGUGGCCAUGAGCUGAUGGCCCACAGAGCUGUCCUUGCUUGCUGUAGUCCCUACCUGUUUGAAAUCUUUAAUAGUGAUGUGGACUCGCACGGAAUGUCGCAUGUAAAGUUUGAAGAUCUGAACCCUGAGGCAGUUGAAAUUCUUCUCAAUUAUGCUUACACUGCUCAACUGAAAGCUGAUAAAGAGCUAGUUAAGGAUGUUUAUUCUGCUGCCAGGAAGCUAAAGAUGGACAGAGUGAAGCAGAUAUGUGGCGAUUACUUAUUGUCAAAGAUGGAAACCCAGAGUUGCAUCUCCUACCGCAGCUUUGCCAGCUGUAUGGGAGAUGGUCGUCUUUUGGGGAAGAUUGAUAUGUACAUUCAGGAACACCUUUUAGAAAUAUCAGAACAAGAUGAGUUUCUCAAACUACCCCGUCUAAAGUUAGAGGUAAUACUUGAAGACAAUGUUAGUCUGCCUGGCAAUGGGAAGCUGUAUUCCAAGGUAAUCAACUGGGUGCAGCGCAGUAUCUGGGACAAUGGAGAAAGCCUUGAGCAUUUGAUGGAGGAGGUUCAAACACUGUACUACUCUGCUGACCACAAACUUCUUGAUGGAUAUCAACUGGAUGGGCAGACUGAAGUGUUUGAUAAUGGAGAUGAUCACAUCCAGUUUGUUCAGAAGAAACCUCUUCGAGAGAAUGAUCACAGGCAGAUGAGUAAUGGCUCCUCCGGGAAUCAUUCUCCUAUUGGAACAAGUCACCUUUACAAACACGAAUGGAAAUACAUUGCCUCAGAAAAAACGACGAGUAGCAUCUACCUGUGCCUGGCAGUUCUUGAUGGAAUGCUUAGCGUAAUAUUUGUGCAUGGUCGCCAUAGUCCACAGAGUUCUCCUUCAAGUACCCCAUGCCUGCUGAAGAGCAUGAGUUUUGAGGUGCAGCUAGAGGAGCCAGAAGAAAAACUGUUGUCACCCAUGCGUUAUGCCCGCUCUGGGCUGGGAACCGCAGAGCUAGAUGGCAAACUGAUAGCAGCGGGUGGCUACAACCGAGAGGAGUGCCUUCGCACAGUUGAAUGCUAUGAUCAAGGGAAAAAUUCUUGGAGUUUUAUUGCUCCAAUGAGGACACCCCGGGCACGAUUUCAGAUGGCUGUUUUAAUGGGUCACUUGUAUGUAAUUGGUGGCUCAAAUGGGCAUUCAGAUGAGCUUAGCAGUGGAGAAAAAUACAAUCCAGUAGCAGAUGAAUGGAUUCAGGUGCCAGAAUUGCGCUGCAAUCGAUGUAAUGCAGGGAUUUGCUCCUUGAACAAUAAACUUUAUGUUGUGGGUGGAUCUGAUCCUUAUGGCCAGAAAGGCUUGAAAACCUGUGACUCUUUUGACCCAAUUUCAAAGACUUGGACAAAUUGUUCCCCUCUUAAUAUCCGUAGACAUCAGGCAGCAGUGUGCGUGCUGAGCAAUUUCAUGUAUGCUAUUGGAGGUGCAGAGUCUUGGAACUGCCUCAACACUGUGGAGAGAUAUAACCCUGAAAAUAACACGUGGACCUUUAUUCCCCCAAUGAAUGUGGCUCGAAGAGGAGCGGCAGUAGCUGUAUAUGAAGGCAAGCUCUAUGUUGUUGGUGGUUUUGAUGGCUCACGUGCUCUGAGUUGUGUUGAAAUGUACGACCCAGCAAAGAAUGAAUGGAAGAUGAUGGGAAGUAUGACUUCACCUCGGAGUAAUGCUGGAGUAGCAGUCCUGGAGAAAUUGGUCUUUGUAACUGGAGGAUUUGAUGGAAAUGAAUUCUUAAACACCGUAGAAGUUUACAACCCUGAGACCAAUGAAUGGAGCCCUUGCACCAAGCCCCACUGUGUCAGUUAAAUGUUCACAAUGUCAAACUAACAGGCUUAGUGAUGUAAUAGUGUUUUAGUGAUUUUAUUUUUUC